AUGCACGAUCCUCAACAGCUGUCUUUCCUUGGGUCGAUCAACGCCCUCGUCGCUCUUGGUCGAAUCCCUCUGGCCAGUGAGGUACCUCUAUGGUCGAUCUUCGGUUGUAUAUUGUCGGCUCGACUCUUCCCUUCCACAGGAGCAACAGGGAUCACCAGCAUCGAUUGGUGGGUUGUUCUCCAAUGCGCAUUCACCACCUGGGCCACCAACGUUUCGAUCAACUACGGGAAUGAAUACUUUGAUUGGAACUUGGAUCGACCGGGACAGAUAGAAUCGAUCAAAAGGUCCAUCAAGGAGCGAGAAAAGGUGAAGGGGGAGCACAAUGGGAAGAUCAAGGAGGAAGAAGCUAGGGAGUUCAACGAGAAGAUCAUGGGGAAUACAACUAGGAUCAUCCACGAUGGUACUUUCCCCCCUUACACUGCUCUGAUUCUCGGUGUUGCUUGGCAAGCUGCUGUUGUUGGACUCAUCUUCUAUUCCCGAUCCAAAGACCCCUCUUUUUCUACCAUGUCCAAACAUACUCACGGUUCACCUUAUCGCGGUUUCGCUCUACAAAUUGGGAUCAUCAGCUCAGUCCUCUCCCAAAUGUACGUUGGUCCACCUGUUCGACUUCAUUACCACGGCUUUGGUGAACUCAUUUCCGCACUCCUCCUCAACCCAGUCUCUAUUCUAUGGGGUAUGACAGGUUACUACACCGCUACCACCGGUCGAACCAUCCAAAUAUCUGACAUCUUCACUACUUCCUCCAGCGGGUUCAGUCUCGGUUCGGUCUGGGCUCUCCUCGGCGCCAUGUACUGCUUUGAGCAGGCCAGAAUAUUCAUCAUGCAUAUACAAGAUAUAGAAGCGGAUAUAGCUGGUGGAAAGAUCACUUUCGUGGUGAGGGUAGGUCAUGCAGUAGCGGCUAGGCUGUACGUCGGAUUCAACGUAUUGGCCUUGACUUUGUUUAGACUGUUCACCACAUACACCCAAACACCGGAACUUCAUAUCACACAUUCCCGCUCAUUCUCCAGAGGUUGGAUCCAAGGAAUAUCUGUGGUCCUUCUCUACUCCAUUCCAAUAAUGAUUGUUACUGCAAGAUCACUCUUCGCUUCGAUCCCUCCCAGUCGUAUCACCCGACCGACAGGUGGUUUACUUCCUGCUCUACCCCUUACGACCCUCCCGAUGUUGGUGUCCCUUCAGGUUCUCAUCUCCCCUCUUGUUCUUAGCUUUUUCACCUUGUUGAAUUGA